AUGUUCUGGAGGAAAGAUGGAGAGGAGCUUCAUGAGGACGUGGACCAAGGAGAGAUCCUCCCCAACCCUGAUGGAAGCUUCCAGAUGAGAGUUGACCUGAACAUUUCAUCAGUCACACCUGAAGACUGGAGGAGGUACGACUGUGUGUUUCAGCUCUCUGGAGUGAGGGAGGACGUCGUCACCAGACUGGACAAAGCAGAGAUCAGGACCAACUGGGGAAAUAUUGGGAUUAGAAAGGAUGAAGGUGGUCAACAGAUUCUAAACUCAACCAUUUCAGUCAAACACUCGUUGAAGUUUCACGCCAUGAUUUCUUCUGGAAAUCCAAACAUCCCUGAUUAUAUGGCUGCAGCAAACUUUGAGGAAGUUGAGAUGGCGUACUAUGACAGCAACAUGAAAACACCAGAACCCAGACAUGCCUUGAUGAGAAUAUUAAUACAGAAUAAUCAACAAGACUGGGAAGGGAUGUCUGAGGGUUACAUUAACUAUGAGCAGCUCCUCAGAGUGCAAACAGACAGUUUCAAGCAGCACUCAAACCAAACUGGAGGUGUUCACAUCAUCCAGCAGAUGUUGGGCUGUGAUUGGGAUGAUGAGACUGAAAAGGUUAUAGGUUAUAAUCAAUAUGGUUAUAAUGGGGAAGACUUCCUCACAUUUGACCUGGAGACAGAGACGUGGAUCGCGGCAAACCCCCAGGCUGACACCACUAAACAGGAGUGGGAUGGAAAUACAGCUAAUAAUCAGUAUUGGAAGAACAUCGUCAUCAACGUUUAUCCUUUCUGGCUGAAGAAGUAUUUGAUCUAUGCAAGUGGUUUUCUGGAUAGACCAGAGCUUCCCUCAGUGUCUCUCCUCCAGAAGACUCCCUCCUCUCCAGUCAGCUGCCACGCUACAGGUUUCUUCCCUCACAGAGCUGUGAUGUUCUGGAGGAAAGAUGGAGAGGAGCUUCAUGAGGACGUGGACCAAGGAGAGACCCUCCCCAACCAUGAUGGAAGCUUCCAGAUGAGAGUUGACCUGGACAUUUCAUCAGUCACACCUGAAGACUGGAGGAGGUACGACUGUGUGUUUCAGCUCUUUGGAGUGAAGGAGGACAUCGUCACCAAACUGGACAAAGCAGUGAUCAGGACCAAUGAAGGUAAGAGUGAGAUCAGAGGUGAUGGAGAUUGA